GGUACUAUUAUGAAAUUAAAAAGUUGGGGAGAGGAGAAUCCAAACCAGAACCGUAGGACAUGCGAUUUCUUGUUCCCACCACAAAGCAUCUCCUGCUCACCAGUCACCACUAGCUCGCCUGCUACAUGGUAAGACCAAAUCUUCAUAUUUCCCCUGAAUUUUUCUAAUUAUUGUGCCUAGUUUCUGUGGAAUUUCUUGAAAAUCUACUCAAACCUAAUCCGCCCAUCUCGCUUAUCCUCCUCCUUUUUGUCUGCAUCUUUCCGCAUCCCCCGAGUUCUUGAACUCAAGAACUGCGAAUUUGUUGAGAAGUAAUGGAUACUUUGUUAAAGAUCCCAAAUGAGCUCGAAUUUCUGCAACCGCAUCAUAAGUUCGCCGUUAAAGCCACCUCCUUUAAGACCCAGAAACAUGGAAUCCUGAGUGGUUGUUGGAAGAAGACUAGCGGAGGUUUCGGCCGCGUUAGGGCCACUGGUGCCCUACUGGACCUCGUACCUGCGACCAAGUUGGAAAAUCUUGAUUUUGAGCUGCCUAUGUAUGACCCCUCGAAAGGGGCUGUGGUGGAUCUGGCCGUGGUCGGGAGUGGCCCCGCCGGACUGGCUGUUGCACAGCGAGUCUCCGAAGCGGGACUGUCAGUUUGUUCUAUUGACCCUUCCCCCCAAUUGAUCUGGCCCAACAAUUACGGAGUUUGGGUGGAUGAGUUUGAGGCCAUGGAUCUACUGGAUUGCCUCGACUACACCUGGUCUGGAGCUGAUGUGUACAUCGAUGACCACACGACUAAAGACCUUGACAGACCUUACGGGCGCGUCAACAGGAAGAAGCUCAAGUCCAAAAUGAUGCAGAAAUGCAUCGCAAACGGCGUUAAGUUCCAUCAAGCCAAGGUCAUGGAUGUCGUUCAUGAAGAAUCAAAAUCUGUGUUGGUUUGCAGUGACGGUGUCACUAUUCAGGCAACUGUGGUUCUUGAUGCCACCGGUUUCUCUAGAUGUCUGGUUCAGUACAAUAAGCCUUAUAAUCCCGGGUACCAAGUUGCCUAUGGAAUUGUAGCAGAAGUGGAGGAACACCCCUUUGAUCUGAACAAGAUGGUUUUCAUGGACUGGCGCGACUCCCAUCUAAAUUCAGGGGAACUGAAGGAGAGAAACAAGAUGCUUCCAACCUUUCUUUACGCAAUGCCAUUCUCCUCAGACAGGAUAUUCCUUGAAGAAACUUCCCUCGUGGCUCGACCUGGUUUAGACAUGAGGGAUAUUCAGGAAAGAAUGGAGCUCCGUUUGAGACACUUAGGAAUCAAGGUGAAGAGGGUUGAAGAAGAUGAGCGUUGUCUGAUUCCAAUGGGUGGUCCCUUGCCGGUGAUCCCCCAAAGGGUUGUAGGGAUUGGUGGGACCGCGGGCAUGGUUCAUCCCUCAACUGGGUAUAUGGUGGCAAGGACACUGGCUGCAGCUCCGAUUGUUGCUGAAGCAAUCAUCCAGUGCCUUGGUGGCUAUGGAAGCAGAAGAAGCCUUGGGGGUGAUGAAUUGUCGGCAUCUGUUUGGAGAGACUUGUGGCCUAAAGAGAGGAGGCACCAAAGGGAGUUCUUCUGUUUUGGUAUGGAUGUUCUGUUGAGGCUUGAUUUGCCCGGGUUGAGAAGGUUUUUUGAUGCUUUUUUUGAUCUGGAGCCUCGUUAUUGGCAUGGGUUCUUGUCAUCGCGGCUCUUCCUCCCGGAGCUCAUGUUCUUUGGGCUCUCCCUCUUGUCUCAUGCCUCCAAUGCUUCUAGGCUGGAAAUAAUUAGGAAGGGCACUUUGCCUCUGGUUAAAAUGGUCAGUAAUUUGUUGCAAGAUAAAGAAUGAAUUGAGUCAUUCAUAAUUGCUCCUUUGGAUCACAAUCUCCAUGCUUUUUAAUAAUACAAUGCAUUUGAUUUC